CGGAAGCGAGUCGCUGCUUCAUCCUGUUCACUCAAAACCAAAACAGUGGAGAUUUGUACGUGUUAAAUCUCCGAAGAAUAAAAAAGAAUCGUAGAUAUCGAGUCGACUCUGUCCGGUAAACUCACCAGCUGUUGUUUUGGGCUUGACAGACAACUGAGAAGCAGCUAAACAGGCGGUCGACAGAGAUGGAGGACCCUGGAGGUACUCGAUCUGAGUCUGUGAGUCCAUCACCAGCAGGUGCACCCAAGUCAAAGCUGGACACCCUGUCCAAAGAUGACCUCAUCAAAUUUGCCAAAAAGCAGAUGGCUGCCAUGCAAAAGAUGAAAAGCAAAUGUGCAGAUCUAGAAAAUGAAGUUGAAUCCCUCAAACAACAAUGCAAAAACAGCAGCAGCAGCUCGGAUGACUCCUCUUUGAUACAGGAGCUGACUGAGAGAAUGGACACCUUACUACUGGAGAAAGCAGAAACUCAACAAAGCCUUGCCUUGUCUCGUAAAGAUUUAGACAGGACUAAGCAGCAAGCAAAGGAUGAUCUAGCAGUGCUUCAAAGUGAGCUUGACCGUGUGAUAGAAGACCACCAAAGGAAGAUCAAAACCUUAGAGGACAGCAUUGAGGAAUCCAAAAGCAAACACCAAGAAGAAGUGGCUCAUUUCCAGAAAUUACUGAAAGAGCGAGAAGCGAGUGACAGAGAGAGGGACAGUGAAAGAGAGAGAGAGCGCCAAGCAGAUCAUGCCAGUGCAAACGAGAGUGCAGAAGAAGUCAGACGUUGCUUAGAAGCUCAGCUGGAAACCCUUCGAGGUGAGCUGCAAGCAGUCCAAGAGUUAAAUUCCCAGGAGAUUGUUGAGCUACAGGAGAACCACCAAAGGGAGCUGACUAAAGCCCAGCAGGAGGUGGAGAACGUGAAGGAGGAUCUGGCUCAGAAGAGUCUGCAGCACGAGGAGGAAAUGAGAGCUCUGGAGGAGGACUGUGAGAUUGAGAGGGAGCGUCUCUUGUUGCUCCACGAGGAGCUAACUGAGCAGCUUGCUCUCAAAGAAAGCUACCUGCAGGACGUGCAAGAGGAAGAUGAGGAAGCUCCUCGUAAUUCAGGGAUCGCCAAAAUGCUGGAGCUGUCUGCUUGCAGUCAGGGUGAGUCCAGCCAUGACGAUGGAGAGGAGACUGAGGCCAGACGACUAAAAGUGACACUGGAUGAUCUUCAAGCCCAAAACACCAUGUUUCAGGACGAGCUCACCUUACUUAGUAAUGUGAAGGGUGAGCUUGAGGCAGAGCUAGAGAGAGUCAAGGAGGAGUUCCAGAUGGAGAGAGAAGAACUGGAAUUCAAAAUUAAUGAGUUGCAGAUGACCAAGGACAAUGCUUUCACUGAACCUGCAAUGACCCCGGAUCCUGAUCAACAAGCAGUCCCCGGAGAAUCCAAAGAGUCAGUAAUCAGAGCAGCCCAGGACCAAAACUCCCUGAAUCCAGAGGAGCAGCAGAAGAUGGACCAGGAGUGGAAGACCCAGUGUGAGUCUCUAAUCAGAGAGAGAGAUUCUGCCCUGGCUGAAUGCCACCAAAUGAGGGACAUACUUCAAAGUGUGGAAACAGAACUGGGUGAGAAGACAAAAGAUUUUGUUCAACAGUACGAAGCCAUGAAAGAACAGGGAGCAAAUACAGUAAGAGACCUCAAUGAGAAGAUGGAACAGCUCAGCCAGGAGAGGGAUGAACUGUUGGCGAGGGUAAAAGAAGUUACAGAGGAGAAAAACACUCUGAUUGAGAGUGUGCAAGACCUGAAGUUGAAGCUUGAAAGUACCCCAAGUCAGGACCAGAAGCUUUUAUCUUCUGUAGAGGAGCAAACAACGUUAGCCAGUGAACUGAAGCAGUCUGUCGCAGACCUGAGCAGGCAGAAUGAAGAAAUCAUCUCCCAGCUGGCAAUGAAGGAUAACAUGACUCAAGAUCUUAAAGAAAUGGUCAACACACUGACUGAAGAGCGAGACAACAUACACAACCUGCUAAAGCUCAGAGAAGAGGAACUGCAAAAGCUCCAUGAAGAGAAAACAAAAGAAAUUGAGCAGCUGCUGGAGGAGAAACAGAAAGAAGCACUUUUGUUGAAAGAGGAAAAAGAGAAGGAGUUGAAGAGCAUGAAAACCGAAACACAAGAUGAAGUGCAACAUCUGAAGGAGCAGAGAGAACAGAUAGAAGAAAGACUGAAAGAGGAGCUUAAAAGACACGAGGAAACGGUUUCUGCUUUAGAGGUGGCUAUCAAAGAGCUCUCUACAGAAAAGGCUGAUCUCUGUCAGAAAUUGGAAGAGGGUUUCACAGGGCUUUCUAAGGCUCAGGAGGAGAAGGAACUCAUAGGCUCUAAACUGGCAGCUUUGGAGGCUCAGCUGGAGCAGGAGACUUCUGAAAAGCAACACCUUGAAGUCAAGUUGAAUUCACUGACCGAGGAGGCAGAAGAAGCCCGUGCCUCUAUCCGAGCACUGGAGGAAAAUCAGUCUGAAGUCCUCAAAAAGUCCACUGAAGAGGCUGAAGACCUCCGAACACGUAUCGAGGAGCUGGAGAAGGAGAGGAGCCUGUUGAAGAGAAGCAUUGAAGAGGCUCAAGGAGAGGAAGGAUCGGAGGAGUUGCAAAAGGAGUUCCAGGUUCGCAUCAAAGACCUAGAACAGGAGCGAGAAAUGUUAAGAACCAACCUAGAGGAGGUUGUGAAGGACACUGAGGGGCUGCAGGAAGACCUGCAAGAUAUGAAGUCAGUUAAUGAGAAGAUUAGUGAUGAGAACCAAAAACUCCAGGCUCAGGUUUGUCUGAUGGCUAAGGCUGAAGAAGAGAAACAGGAGAUGGAGAAAAAGAUGAAGGAAGAAAGCAGAGAGUUCAGAGAACAGCUGACAGAGAAGGACUCGGUCAUAUCACAGCUGAGGAGUGAAAUGGCUGCUGUGCAGGAGUCUACUGCUCAGUCUGCUUCCUCUGAGGAAAGUACAUCCGAUGAGAUCACAAAGAAAAUAGCUCUAUUGGAGAAAGAAAACAAAGAGAAGGAUGAAAAAAUGAACAAAAUCAAGGCGGUUGCUGUCAAAGCAAAGAAGGAGCUGGACAACAGUAAGAAAGAGGUUACAGCCCUCAAGGAGGAAAUUGAAUCACUGAAAACAGAGAGGGAGAAAGUGAACAGCUCUAUGAAAGAUAUUAUACACGGUGCUGAAGGCUACAAGAACCUGCAGAUAGAUUACGACAAGCAAACAGAGCAACUGGAUAAGGAGAGAGAGAAGGUGGAGGCGGCAGAGAGACAGAUUGCUGAGCUGACCAAACGACUCAGCAGUGCUGUCACACAGAUGGAGACACUGAGCAGUGAGAAGGAGGACCUGCUGGCCGGUAUGGAGACCAUGAGGAGCACAGUGAGGCAGCUGGAGACCAAGAACCAGGAGCUGCAGAAACAAUCAGCAAGUCUGGACAGAGACCUGCUGGCUGAGAGAGCUAUGAAAGAACAAAAGCUCAAGGACUUGUCAUCUGCCAUGAAGGAGGUAGAAGAGCUGACAGCUCAGCUCCGCAAGCAGCAGCAACAGUCUCAGCAGACUGCCCAGGAGCUGGAGCAGCUACGCAAGGAAGCACAGCAGAGCUCUCUGCUGGACAUGGAGAUGGCCGACUACGAACGUCUUGUAAAAGAGCUCAACGCCAAACUCUCAGAGAAAGAUGAGUGUGCUGAGGAGUUAAAGACACAGAUAAACACGCUCACCCAGAAGGAGGAAACCCUCAAAGAGGAGAUUGAGUCUUUGAAGUCCCAGCUGGACCAGGGGGAGGAGAAGACCUCUAAGAUGAAACAGCUGCUGGUGAAGACCAAGAAGGACCUGGCUGACUCAAAGAAACAGGAAACCUCCCUCAUGAUGCUGCAGGCUUCUCUUAAAGGAGAGCUGGAGGCUCAUCAGCAGCAGCUGGAAAACUCUAAGAUUGAGGUGUCUGAGCUGACAGCAGAGCGCCAUCGUCUACAGGAGCAGCUUAAGUCUGCAUUAGAACAGCAGCAAAGAACCAGCAGCUCCCUGCAGCAACGUAUCCACAGUCUGCAGCAGGAAAGAGACACUGCUAAGGCUGAACUCGUGGCAACAACAGGAGAGUUUGAGAGUUAUAAGGUGCGAGUCCACAAUGUGCUCAAACAGCAGAAGAGCAAAACUAGCACCCAAAGUGACGGAGACUUUGGUAAAGUAGAGAGGGAGCAGUUGUCCUCUCAGGUAGAACAGCUGAGGACCAGGCUGGCAGAGAGCCACCAGAGUCUUCAGAGCAGCACCGCAGAGCUGCAGCAGCUCCAAAAUGAACACGACACUCUCCUGGAGAGACACAACAAAAUCCUCCAAGAAACCAUUAGUAAAGAGGCUGAGCUCCGAGAGAGGCUUUUGUCUUUGCAGUCAGAUAAUGUGGCUCUUCGGUCAGACCUGUCCCAAGCUCAGGCUGACUUGUCUUCCCAAGUGGAAACCCAGCGGCAGACCUACAGGGAGCAGCUAAGGAAGGUGCAGGACGAUCACCGGGCCACGGUGGAGACCCUGCAGGGCCAGCUGACCCGCGUUGAGGAGCAACUCUUCAACCUGCAGAGCCAGAACAGUCCAGUGGUGGUCCAGUCCAGCCGUAAGCCUCUUGCAUUAGACGCCCAGCGCAGAAACACAGAUCAGAACCCGGCAGGAUUGGGACUGGUGGCCCUCAGCGAUCUUCAGUCAAUGGCCAGGGAGGAGGGAGAGGGCAUGGAGACCACUGAGACUGAGAGUUCCUCCCCUGCUCUUACACCGCUACCCUCCCUGGAACAGCUUCUCACAUCCCCAGACCCCAAACAAGAGCCAUUUGUUUGGACAGUGGAGCCAACCAAAGAAGAGUUAAGUGAAAAGCUGACCACAGCGAACCGCAGCAUGGAGCACAUGAACAGCCUACUGCAUGAAACUGAGGCCACCAAUGCUGUUCUCAUGGAACAAAUCACUCUGUUGAAGAGUGAAGUGCGUCGUCUUGAGCGAAACCAGGAGAGGGAGAAAAGUGUGGCCAAUCUGGAGUAUCUGAAGAACGUCCUGCUGCAGUUCAUCUUCCUGCGAUCGGGCAGCGAGAGGCAGGCGCUUUUGCCCGUCAUUCACACCAUGCUGCAGCUCAGUCCAGAGGAGAAAAGCAAACUGGCUGCCAUUGCACAAGGUGAGGAAGAAGCGUCCGGGUCUCGGGGCGCAGGCUGGUCCUCCUAUCUGCACAGCUGGUCUGGGAUCAGAUAGACUUGAUAACCAACCUAAUCAGCAUAAACACUGGCAGCACAGCACAACAACAUUACUGGGCCUUUUUCUGUGAAGUCCUGUACUAAACAGGGAUGAUGUUCAUUUACAACGGGGGCAACUGGCAGGGUAACUGGGGCACUGACAACAUUUUGGGAACACAGUAGAAGGGACCAAGGAAUGUAUUGGAGAAGACUGAGUGUGUGGUAGAGAUAAUGAAAACCAAAACAUUCAGCGCGUGUAUCGAUUUGAAUUUGCAGUGCAAUGGAUGGAUUAGUCCCUUACCAAUGAAUGUUAACUGUGAUAAAUUUCUGUCUUCCAUAAGCUUACUAUUGACAUGUAUGUGUAUUUAUAAUAACAUUUAGUGGACAUGAACAUUGCACCUCAUUAAAGAGGAGAUCUUAAGGCAUUAUAUAGCAUCAUUAAUCCACAGAAUGUGCACAAAUUGAGAGUGGAGGAUUUAAAGAGUUAAUGCAUACUGGCACAAUAUUACUUGAAUAUCAUCUUUGGAUGUUUAAUUACUUUGUGGGGAAAUUUUGCUUGGACUUCUAAUGGAGUUAUGCACAUUUCCAUGACUUUAGUGUUUUCGCUCUUUUGGUAUAAAUCACAUAUGCUUUACAUUUCUUUUUAACCAUUUUCAAAGGCAUACUGACUGCUGAAUGUGAUUUUACUCCCUUAAAGAUGGCAGGUUGUUGAAUUCUUUGCAGUAUAAAAACCAACCUGAACCUUACUACAAAUAAUAUCUGCAUUUACUUUUUGCAAUUUGUUUCCUGCAAGUAAAAAAGAAAGCGAGAGAUUAAGAGACUUAAAUGCAACGUGCUUUGAGAAACAACAGUAAUAUUGACUGUGGACGACUGGUUAAUGGACUAAAACAUAUGAAACCAUCGGUGUGAUUCAUGUAGGUCUUUCCUGUAUGUCGUACUCCUGUAGUUAGAAAGAAGUGCAGGUCUAACAUUUUGAGGUUCCACAGACCAACACUCAUCACAAUAAUGUAUUUAUAUUUUUUUCAGACUGAAGGUUUUGAUAAUGCCUCACAUUCUCAAACCAGACACUGCAACCAUUUUUAUUCACUGAGUUUUGAUCAUCGUGCGUAGUGAUGGGUGGUUUGUGCCUCUGCUCUGUUGUCUGUAAAUUGUUGCUACUGUAAUAUCCUGUUUUUAUUUUUAAUGGUUUCUGUCUAUUUUGGAAGUUCUUUAUGGUUUUAUUUUUUGUCGUUGUGCUGCAGUUUAAUCACAGAACACGAGAGAUUUGUUGCAACUUCAUCCACAUCUGCUAAAAUGUUCUUGAGCAAGACUAUGGAUUGUGAUUUUUUUUUUUUUUUAACUAGGUCUGAACAUGACCUCUGACUUCUGUGUUAAGGUGGGGAAAAAAGCUCCUCCCUUCCCUGUAAUACACAUCAUGAAACAUACUUCCAUUAAUACUUUUUUCUCUUGACUUUAGAUUGAUGAUAGUUGACCAGUUAAUCUUCUCAUUCCGGUGGCAGCUUUUUGUGAUUUAUUCAGCACAAGUGAAUGUAUUUUUAUCCCCACUUUUAUAUUUAUGAUGGCUAAUAUCUGCUGAAGCUACAAGAGAUCACCAUAACUAUAAAGUCAUAUCUGUAUACAAAUGGCUAGGUUUAAGUUCCUGUCAUGUCUGUCUGAUGUAAAAGAAAAAACUAUUUCAGAAACAACAA